AAUUCAAAUCAGUCCAAUAGCCAUCGAGAGCUGCAUCGCGCAUGCGUUCGGCGAUGUUCGAAAUAAUUGUUUGAAAAAAAAAAAAGAAAAAAAGUUUGUUUAUGUGACAAUUUUGAAUUGAGAAUUUGUGAACAAAAUGGCGUUAUCGAUCGUGCGUUUAGGAUUAAGAUCUGUAAUUAAUUUCGAAAGAAAUGCAGCUGUUUUAACUGUGACCAGUGUCCCUAAGCAAUUAAGAUUAAUCCACACGAAACCAGCGUGUAAUGGCAGCGUGUGCUACUUAGCAGAUCUCCCCCGAGACAGGGAACUCCGGUCAGACAGAGGAUCCGCACUCCGGAGGUACAGCAAGCACCACGGACGUCCUGAGGAGGACCGGCGGAAACAGUCUGACAGCGACUCCGAUUCGGAUUCUGAUACAGAAUGCAAGGGAUAUGAUCGAACGGAGUUCUGGCGCCGUAAGAUGCGCACGGUGCACAACAUUCUCGACGUGGACAAGGAUGGUCUGAUCUCAUUCAACGACUUCAUACUCUUCGCGGAGCGGUUCAAGUCCCUGGGACAUCUCUCGAACCAACAGGCGGAGGAAUUUACCAGUAUUAUCAAGCUAACCUGGGAGGAGCAGUGGGGUGCAAUAGACCCGUACAACUUCGUGACGGUGGAGCAGUACCUGGAGGACAUGCACCACGUGCUGAACGACAAGUCGCUGAAGAAGAGGGCGUACCGCUGGCUGCCGUACUUGUUCAAAGCGGUAGACAAGGACAAGUCCGGCUUCAUAUCAGUGCACGAGUUCAAGCUGUUCUUCAAGUGCUUGGGGCUGGACAACGAGAAGGCAGCCGUCGCCUUCGCAGUCAUAGACGUUAACGGGGAUGGAAAACUAUCACAAAAAGAAUUCGUGAAGUUAGGCAAAGAAUUCUUCUGCACUGAAGACGAGAAGAAAGUCUCCAAAAUGUUCUGGGGACCACUAAUGAACUAAGUCAUAGGAAUAUCACCUUUAUUAAGUAGGCAUAAGAGUCAUUAUUGACUGCAGUUAUUUUGUUAGGUUUUUAAAAUAUAAUUUUAAUGUGGAUGUGUGUGGAAUCAGCUACUUUUUUUUUUGUUUUAUUCUGUUAUAUCGCUGUUAAGGCAACUAAUGUUAUGUGUGCACCUCUUAUAAUAACUAUUGUGAGACAUAUUAGAUUAACUGAAAAUCACGGUUUACUCACGUACAUUAAUGGAGAAAAGCUCUACUAGUUUCGCCGCGUCUGCGCACGCUGCUCAUGAUGAAGAGUCCCUGUGUGACUCGAAAUUAGUAGAGCUUUUCCCAAUUAAUGUAUGUGAGUAAACCGUGAUUUUAGUUAAUAUGCAUUUCUGUCUAACUGCUGUGUUAAAGUACCAUAUUUUUGACCUUUUUAAACUUUUCUUACAUGGUACCAUUUUGUUGAUAUCUGAUAGUUUUUAAACUUUUCUUAUUGAAAAUCCAUUUUUUUAUACUCGAAUUUUUAUAGCCGCCUAUUUCAAUUUUUUAUGAUUUUUGACUGUUAGAAUUUUUCGACUUUUUAUACCUAAGCUGAUAUGCUUGACCUAGUUUUAAGUUAUUAAUGUUAGUUAUGGUCUUACGACGCUAAAUAUUAAUUGUUAAUUUUAAUUAGUUAGUCAUUACCAUUGCGCAAAACGUUCAUUUAGAAUGUAUGAAAAUUCCAACAAUCUGUAUUGUAGGUAUUGUAAUUUCAAUAAAUACCAAUUUUGAAAUUAAA